AUGGCCCCCGCCAAGAAGUCCACCGGUAAGAAGGUCGCUCCCGCUCCUUACCCCGUCAAGGGUAAGCAAACCACCAAGGCUACUGCCAACCCCUUGAUUGAAAAGACUCCCAAGAACUUUGGCAUUGGUCAAGACAUUCAACCCAAGCGUGAUGUUUCUCGUUUCGUCAAGUGGCCCCAAUACGUUCGUCUUCAACGUCAAAAGAAGAUCAUCUACCAACGUCUCAAGGUCCCUCCUGCUUUGAACCAAUUCACUCAUGUCUUGGACAAGAACACUGCCACUCAAGUCUUCAAGUUGUUGCACAAGUACAGACCUGAAUCCAAGGCUGAAAAGCGUGAUCGUCUCCGUGCUGCUGCUGCCGCUAAGGCUGAAAAGAAGGAAGUUGCCAAGACUGACAAGCCUGUUGUUGUCAAGUACGGUAUCAACCACAUCACCGCUUUGAUUGAAGCCAAGAAGGCUCAAUUGGUCAUCAUUGCUGAUGAUGUUGACCCCAUUGAAUUGGUCCUUUGGUUGCCCGCUCUCUGUCGUAAGAUGGGUGUCCCAUACUGUAUUGUUAAGGGUAAGGCUCGUCUCGGUACUCUUGUGCACAAGAAGACUGCUACUGCCAUUGCCUUGACUGAAGUCUCUGAAGCUGAUAAGGCUGAAUUGGCUACUGUUGUCUCUGCUGUCAACACCAACUUCACUGCCAAGUGGGAGGAAGAACGUCGUCACUGGGGUGGUGGUAUCAUGGGUCCCAAGUCCAAUGCCAAGAUGGCUAAACGUGCUGCUCUUGCCGCUAAGGAAAUUGCCGCUCGUCAAUAA